AAUUUGCACUUUUGAAUAGACACAAGUAGACUUAGUUAAAAACUCUAAACAAAGUGUAAUUAAUCUGUAGUAAAAUGGGCGACGAAACCAUUAAAUGGGCUAUCAAUGAAGAUGAUUCUGUAGUGUAUGCACCUCUUACCAAACAAUUAUUGCCACAAGCUAUAGAACUAAUGCACGGGUAUUUCUACACACAAGAAACAAUUUGCAAGGCUUUCCAUGUGGCUAAUCAACCUGAGUGUUUCCCCGAACUCGAUAUUCUGCUUCGUAAGGCUGCUGUAGAUGGCGUUUCGAUCGUCGCUUUAGACAAAACCAGUGGCGCAGUGAUUGGUGCCACGUUUAACAAAUUGGAGGAAAAGACUGAUUCGGAUUUUUAUCAAGAAUAUCCAAAAACUCUAAAAUAUCCAGCUUCUAGAAAAGUCGCAAUGUGGAUAGCCGAUACUGAAAAAUUAUUUGACAUUUUCGAUCAUUGCAACGUCUCCAGUCUGUUCGAAAUCAUGUUUCUUGGUGUCGUUCCCUCCUUUAGAAACCGAGGCAUAGCAAAAAAAUUGAUCCAGGUGUCAAUAGACAUUGCACGGCAGCUGAAAGCUGGUAAUAACGUUUUGGUGCCUGUAAAUGAUCAAGAUUUAAAUCUGGAACAUCCUCCUCAAAUAGUUACUGGUAUUUUUACAUCGUCGGCUACGCAAAAAAUAGCGAAGGACCUGAAUUUCGAAAUAGGGUCGAAAAUAUAUUUUGACAAGUACGUUUACGAUGGACAAAGUUUGGGCGACCUUGUGGGACAAGAAAUACCAUAUUUUACUUAUGAAUAUUUAAGACUGUAAGAAAGUAGUUUUUAUUCCCCCUCGUUUAUUUAUACAUUAUUUUCAUUUUACACCAUUUCCUAAAGGCAAAUUUAUUUAUAUUAUUACGUUAUUAAGAAUCUAAUUAUGUUAUGUAAUAUACAGGAUGUUUCAAAAAAACAUGUGCCAUCUCUCGUGAGUCUUCAAUCGUGAUUUUAAAAGAAACAUAAUAAUAUUUUCUUUUUACCGUUUGUCAAGUAAGUCCAAAAUAACCGAGUUAUUUUACUUUGAAAAUUGGCUGGAUCUUUUCUGGGUCUUGUUGUAAAUUUAAUCUACCACCUAUGUUGCCACAUUAUCAGGAAAUUAUAUUUUUCAGCUAAAAUCUAAAAAAAAAUCGAACUGUUUUUUUUUUAAAUUCCAAAUUUUCAAUUUUUUUCUUGCGAAAAAACCUCAUAGACGUGUUUCUGGAGUCGAAAUAUACUACUCCUAAAAAUAUUUGCACUUAUUUAAGACUCACCCUGUAGAAAUUACAAAAAUCACAACUUUUAUGUGUAGGUAACUUUUUUGAAGACACCCUAUUAUAGAACCCUGUAUAUUUAAAAAAAUAUAUAUUUCCUUGUCAAAAGAUCGACUUUCUGAAGAAUCGAUUUAAAUGGAACAUCCCUACUUGGAGGUUGGAGGCCAUUUGGAGGCUAUGUUUUUUGUUAGUGUAUUCUGUGGUUAUGUUCGAACUUUUAUCAAAAACACAGAUCAAAAACAAAAACAGAAAACAGCUGGUACUCACCAUACUGUAUAAGUAGGUAGAAAAAUAAAAUACAAAAUAUUAAUCACUAUAAACAUUGAUUUAGUAAAGAACAAACACGAAUUUCAAAAUUACGUGAAAGCAUAGAUAAAUGAUUUAUAAAUAGAAGAAAAAUAAGAGAUACAUAGCACAUAGAUAAACUUUGGCAUAGCAUAGAUCAUGGAUAGAAACAUCUGGAAACAUCACAGAAUACAUUGUCCUUGUUGAUAACCAAGAGA